GCCCCGCGACGCGCCGGGUGCUGGCGCAGCCCUUCGCUCUCCCGGCCUCCCCCUCCCUGGUUCCGCGCUCUGGUUCCGCCAUGGAAUCCAACAAGGAUGAAGCCGAGCGCUGUAUUAGCAUCGCCCUCAAGGCCAUCCAGAGCAACCAGCCCGACCGGGCGCUCCGCUUCCUGGAGAAGGCGCAGCGGCUGUACCCGACGCCUCGAGUUCGCGCCCUGAUCAAGUCCCUCAACCAGAAACCACAGUCGGCCGGCGACCAACCGCAACCCGCCGAGGCAACCCAGGCGACCCAUAGGAAAGCAGGUGGGGCCAGCGCCCCCUCGGCCAACGGUGAAGCCGGAGGAGGAGAGAGCACCAAAGGCUACACUGCCGAACAAGUAGCGGCCGUGAAAAGGGUCAAGCAAUGUAAAGAUUACUACGAGAUCCUGGGGGUGAGCAGAGGGGCCUCAGAUGAGGACCUGAAGAAGGCCUACCGCAGACUGGCCCUCAAGUUCCACCCUGACAAGAACCGCGCGCCUGGCGCCACUGAAGCUUUCAAAGCCAUUGGCACAGCAUACGCAGUACUUAGCAACCCAGAGAAAAGGAAGCAGUAUGACCAGUUCGGCGAUGACAAGAACCAGGCAGCCCGGCACGGCCAUGGGCACGGGGACUUCCACCGCGGCUUUGAAGCCGACAUCUCCCCUGAAGACCUCUUCAACAUGUUCUUUGGAGGUGGCUUCCCGUCUAGUAACGUCCAUGUCUAUAGCAACGGCCGCAUGCGCUACACGUACCAUCAAAGGCAGGACCGCAGGGAGAACCAGGGUGAUGGUGGGCUGGGGGUGUUUGUCCAGCUGAUGCCCAUCCUCAUCCUGAUCCUCGUGUCAGCUCUCAGCCAGCUCAUGGUUUCCAGUCCACCCUACAGUCUCAGCCUGAGACCGUCGGUGGGCCACGUCCACAGGCGAGUCACUGACCACCUGAACGUCGUUUACUACGUGGCAGACACGUUUUCUGAGGAGUACACAGGCUCCAGCCUCAAAAUGGUUGAACGGAAUGUGGAAGACGAUUAUAUUGCCAAUCUCCGAAACAACUGUUGGAAGGAAAAGCAGCAAAGGCAUCUGGAUCUAUCCGUGGGACCCUGGGGCCGUCUCACCAGAAUAACAGAGGAAGGCUUGCUGUACCGGGCCCGCUACUUUGGUGACGCAGAUAUGUACCACAAAGCACAGAAGAUGGGCACCCCGAGCUGUAACCGACUGUCAGAGGGAUCCAGCUACAGACUCUGCUUUGAGGCCGUUUGCUGGUGCCUCUGGGAGAGAGAAACAGACUGCAGGAGGGCGACGGGGCAGGGGCUGAGACUAUGAAAUCCCUGGAGAAUUUGUGGUGACAUGCACUGAGCCAAGGUGACGAACUGUAUAUUUAAGGAAAGACAAAAAAAGAAAAAAAAUUAAAAUGGAAUUGGAGGCCGGACGCUGCACAACUGCCCUCUCUCUCACCCAGUAAAUGCAGAAAGCUGUUAGGACAGACAGGAAAACCUGCCAUGGGGCUGCUUCCCUUCCUCCCAGGGCUGGCAGAGGCUCAGGCUCCACAUCGGCUCUCUCCUAGGAUACAGAAACCAUGACAACGAAAGUAGAAUGUAAAACUUGCAGCAAAUGUCUGUAGGAAGGGCUGGGGGAGGGGGCACCCAACUGCCUUUCUUCCCCCCUCCCAGGAGCUACCACCAGUCACCUCAGUGGAGGUAAUCAGAGGUGUUGGCCAAGGAUAGAGAGGAGGAGGAAAGAGAACUCUCUGUAGAAUGUAAUUUAUAGAUGCGUGUAUAUGUAUAUAUUUAUAUGUAAAUAACAUAUAAAGAUAUAUAGAUAUAUAGAGAUAUAGUCUACUUUUUAAACUAUGCAGGGAUUUGGUUAAGUUGUUGAGUUGAUUUCUUCCCUGUUUUAGAAAACAAGGCCUGUUUGGGGAAGGCAGCCUGGUCCUUCGAAGGCUAGACAUUAGCCAUAGCUGACAGCAUGAGGAAAGUUGGGCCACAGCUUUUAACGUUCCCCUCAACCCCAGCCUGUUUUUGAUGGCAGCAGUAAUCAUGAUAGCAUAAAUCUGCAGAGAACUUGGAAGGUUGCCAGCUGUAUGGUUAAACUGGAGGGGAGCAGGCUGCGGGGGAAGAAAGGACUCCUGGGGCCAGGUGCCAGGUCAGUAUUGAGUCAUGGUAGAGGCCCCAGAUGGCCUGUGGGGAUGAGACCACCCACCGCAAAUUUGGCCAGCUCAGGUGGGCGCUUCAUCCUGGUGCCCAGGAGCCCCCUGCCCCCCGUGCCACUGAGAGCAGCAGUGUUGGAGAGGGGGACCAGGUUCUGCCUGACCACCUCCCCCCUUAGUCCCUAUGUGAGUUUUGCCUUAUAGGUGCCCCAGGGCACAGCCCCAUUGUUGCUACUGGUUUUUCCUAAGUCAUGUACCAAGGACUCCAGAAGGCUUUUCCUCCCAGAGUCAACCACGUGGGGCCCAGGACGCUGGGGCAGAAGCCGACUCCUGAAGAAAGUCCGUGACCGUGGGCGCCUCUGUCUCUACCCUCCAUGGACAUGAUGCCACCCGGCCUUCUCUUGCACGUUGGAUAAAGGAUGCACCUGAACCAGAAGGGUUUUCUUAUGGUCAACCUCAAAUGAGGAUUUUUCUCAAAACAGCAGUUGCUGCCAGGGGAAGAGAGGGAGGUUUUAUUUAUUCCCACAGUUUAUACUGGGCCUUUUGGAAUUACCGUUUUUCCCAAAUUUUCCUCUGGUGGUGGGUGUGUCAUUGAGCCUGCCAUCCUCCAAAGCCUUACUACCCCAAGCUGCCAGCCAGGAGGGGAUCACCACCCUCCCAGAGCUUCUCUUGGCUCUUUUUAUAAAAGUCCCCCAACAAAUAGGAUUCUUGCUGGGAAAGGGAGCUUGGUUAAGGAGAAAUGUCAAAUACGGUUUUUAAACAAGGUCCUGCCCUGUGAUGAAGCGCCCUCCCCCCACCCCCCCCCACCCCCCUGCCCAAAGAGAUGCUCAGAACUGGAUGUGGGUGAGAGCACCCUGCCCGUGGUGGCCCUGGUGCUCGGCUCCCACCACCCCAACCCUCUGGUCUCAGUAGAUGUCCCUAGACGGGCUGAGCCAUGUGCAAUAAGAACAGAUCCUAAUGGAUCCACUGAGAAGCUGUAUUUCUUGAAAUAGAAUUCUGAAAUUGUAUAUCUAUAAAUAUAUGUUUAUUAUGUGA